AGAUUAAAGCCCCCUAAGGAGAAAUCAUCUCCAGAAGUAGACACUAUUCCAACAGACGCCAAAAGAUCGUCAAACAUUCGCUGCCUUUGACCUCUGCUCAAAAUUUAUUUGUUGUCAACGACGCCAUGUCUAAACGGAAAUUUUAUCCCAACAACUCACUACAAAAUGGCGAAAAGCAGCGAUUCUGAGGGUAAAAAAACAGUGAAAUGCAAGGAUUAGCAUUCGUUAUUUCUGCUGCAGCAUAUCUCUGGCUAACAGCAACAGGAGCAAAGUCCAUAUUUCCGAGAAUCCUGAAUAUCACCAUCACCAGCAAUACGUCAGUGCAUGUCACGUGGUCUUUCCCAGAAUACAACAUCUCUACAAUCGUUACAAUCGCCGUGCUUUACAAACAGAGCUGUCAACUGGGCUACGAAAACGUGACAGUGCCUCAUGGUAAAGUUGGGAGUGCAGUGGUGACUGGUUUGGAGCCAGGGGAGGUUUAUUGUUAUAAAGUGGCAGGCGUUUCUAGUAGUGGACGCCUGUACCCCGUGGACUGGGACAAAGCGCCUUGUGCGUUCGAAGACACUGCUAAUCUAGUGAUUCCGACAUCUCCGUCAUACAGCAAGACAUCACAGUCAUUGAACAAUACGAGGGAACCUGUUACGACCGCUGAUCCGUCUAAGGCUGAACCGCGAGCACGAUCGGGUUCCCAUGCUCGUCACGCCUCGCAUCACGUGACCUGGCUUUUAUUGGUGUCAACUUACUGGCUCACCAAGCACGCAAUUAAUCAUAGAACUCUAGUUUAAUUUUUGUAAUUAAAAUAUAAUAAUAUAGAAUUAUACAAAGGUUUUUUUUUCUAUAACGCAUUUAGACAGCACUGUCUCAAGCAGCGUUCACAUGCAGUUCGCCAAUCUAACCCAACGUAUCCAUGUUCACCAUUAGGUCCCAGGGAAUUAAAUACUUCUCGUUAGUAAAUCGCGCGGAUCAAAUUACGCCGAAGGAGAUGUGGAAACAAGAACAUCGAUGCCCGAUUUUGAAUGCUGGACGCGCAUGACCGCAAUUACUUAUGGCGGGCUCAGGGUUGCUUUGUAAAAGCCUGAUUUGUCUGGAGUGCACGCGCGACAGUUCGGGUGUGACCCGUAGAUUGCGGGAUCCCAUAUGUCUAUUCAACUAGCGGAGAUAAGUAGCUUGUUCCGUUCGUGAAUUGCUUGCCGUCAUCAUUAUCAUCUUCUUCAACAUCACCAUUUUAUAAUAUCUCAUUAUCUCCAUAAUCGGCAAGUGUUGUCUUUACUUCCUGCAGAACAAAAUAAAAAACGAAACUGAAAUGGAAAAA